AUGUCUAGAGAAGAACAGCCCUAUAUUGUUGCCACUGAUGGUAUUGUCGAUGCUCUAACAAAAAUAUCAUCUGUUUUUUCAGCGUAUUUAUCUGCAAAUAUUCAUAUUUUAAACAAGUAUAUCAAUUAUCUGCGCAGAGUGACUAGUUUGAAAAAUGAAAGGUCUAUAAUGAUAAAAAUAGUCAAGAAGCUGCGGUUUUUCAAUGAUACAUUGCUUUCCACUGAUUUGGCACAACUGCAGACUACAUAUGAAGGAGAGGAACCUGAACUGGCUCUCAAUAUUCAAACAUUCGCAUCUUAUUUGGUUAAGUGUUUGGAGACAAUUGAUCUUUUAAAUUAUUUUCUUUUAAAGCCUCUACAGAAAGAGUUGAUAGCCAAGACAUUAAACUUUGAUUUGGUAUUUCCGGAAGACAUAACUGAUACUGUUGAAGACACAUACAACCAUUUUGUAAAAUUUACUCAAUGGUCAAUUGAAUCUCUUUCUAUUGAUGACCCAUUACUAGAUAUUGAAGUCGUGCAAUUUUCACUGAGGUGUGCCGAAGAAGACCAGUCUUAUGCAGAAGAGACAGAUAAUAUUUUCCUUCAAGAAGUUUUACCUGUCAAGGACUCACAAGAAUACGAAACACUAACUCUACAAUGGCUUGACGUUUUGAAUGGGAAACUUGCAAUUCUGGGCGAACGUUUUGAAAAAGUGGCCGAUGAUUGGUAUAAGAAGUUUGGUAAAAAUAGAAGCUAG